ACAAAGACCAUUACGUUAUGCACUGCGAAUUUCAAUUACUUGUUAUCAGUGCAAUGCAGAUUUCGUUAUUUCUUGCCGAUGGUCUAUUUUGUGCUGAAUAUAGAAACAGUAUAGUUCAUACAUAUCAUCCAAUAAGACAUUGUCAACGAUCAAAUAAAACAGUUAUCGGUUUGUCUAACGUAAAAUCCGUGGAUAAAUGUGCAGAGUUCGCAAAAAACCGUAGGGCGAUGGCUUUUAACUUUGCACCCGUAGAUAGAGGAAACACGAACUUAUUUGUCAAAGCGAAAGAAAAUCUUCUACGGGAUAAUCACACCAAGUAUUACCUAAAAGACGUGGAAGAACCGGAAGAAUUUUUCAACUGCGAAUUACUGGCAUGUCCUGAAUUCCAAAACUUCUCGCACAUUGUCAACGAUACUAGAUUCGACUACUACAGUUUAUAUGCAAAGUUUCUACCUCCAAAAAAUGCAACAUGCCUGCCCACAGUCGGGGUCUUCCAGUAUUACAAUGAAUUCGCCAACUAUUCAAUGGCAACACAAAAGUGUCUUCACGGCAACGGUUCACUAGCUCAUAUUUUAUCCGAGACGCGAACCAAUUCCUUAUCGAAUUUCAUUUACCGUCAACAAAAUGUUACAACGCGAGUAAAAGUAGCCUAUGUCGGUCUAAAUGAAACCGUUCGCAAUAAAUUCCGUACGUCUGCCGACGAACCAAUUGAAUGUUCAUUGUAUCGAGCAUGGGCACCGGGUCAUCCAAUGCAAAAGAAUAUCCUCAGAUGUGUCGCUUUAACGGAUGACGAUUCAUGGCAAACUUUUUCUUGUCUUAAGCGCCUGCCAUUCAUUUGUGAAAUUCAUGUGUCGGGACCAUCUGAUGAUAGAAUUGAUUUUAAACGGAAAUGUUCACUGAGGAGAGACAAUAAUGUUAGUCGUGCUAAACGAAGAAAAAGAGUUCGGUUCUAGAAUCCGAUUUGGAAAUUGAGAUAACUUUUGGCUGUGUGGUGAAUGGCUCCAGAUG